AUUGUUUGCAUCUAUGGUGGAGGUUUAGUUUUUCAGUUUUUGAAUAAAAAUAUUUUAAAAACUAUGGCGUACUUAACCCAGCCUGACUACGUAAAAUAUGUGUGUUCUUGUGGACAGCUUAAACCUAUUACCAGCCUCUAUUUCUGUAGGCAUUGUCUCAAAAUACGAUGUGGAUUCUGCAUUUGUCAUGAGGUGGAUUCCCAUUACUGUGCCAACUGCCUGGAGAACAUGCCAUCUUCAGAGGCGCGGCUCAAGAAGAACCGGUGCAGCAGCUGCUUCGACUGCCCGAGCUGCUUUCACACGCUGUCCACUCGGGCCACCACUGCCCAACCUAGGCAGCCACCCCAGGAUAAUGCUGCAGGUGGAGAUGCAAAAGUGGAGAAUAAACAACCGAAGAAGAUGUACUACUUAUCCUGCUUCAACUGCCGGUGGACCUCCAGAGACGUGGGCAUACCUGACCAGCCAGUUGCAUCAGGGGGGUGGCCGGAGAGGACGAACCCGUUCACGACGCGCGUCAACCAGCUGCUCGACUACUACAAGGCCAUCGCACUGCAAGAGAAGCAGGAGAAGAUAGAGAGAGAGAGGAAGAAGUUCUCCAUCCGUGGGAAGUUCAUCACUCUCACUGAUAAGACGGGUCUCACAGGUGCGAUGGCGCGGAACAUAGCAGGACUCCCGUCCGCUGAAGGCGGCUCGUCUUCCGCCAUCGCCAACUUCACGCCCAGCCAGGCGAGUGCCGACGUGGCUGAACUACCAGAUGACAUCUUCACCAAGGACGUCAAUCUUAAACAGAUAACGAGCAUGUGCCAGCGGCUGGCGUCGCCGGAGUGGCAGCCGGCGUCGGUGUCGCGGCUGCAUCCUCUCGCCAAGCUGCUCAGCGUCAAGAGGAGUCAGCGGUGCCGCGCCUGCGACCACAACCUCACCAAGCCGGAGUAUAAUCCUGGCUCCAUCAAGUUCAAGAUCGAGUUGCUGGCUUACUACCACGUACCAGAGAUAAAGAUAAUGUCUUACGAAACAAUCAAGCCGGGUCAGAAGUCAGCGCUGCUGAUCAAGCUUACCAACCCGACGGGACACGAGAUGCAGGUGCGUUUGCUGCAACCUGAAGACGUGCCGCCUGUUGAGGAGGACGAACAACCAAAGAGCAUCGACAAGUCGCUGGAGAAGUCGCUCAAUUUGGAGAAGGACGCGUCGCUGUACAAGGCCAUGUCGCGCGCGCCCGUGCUGCCGCCGUCGUGCCGCGUCACGGCGCCGGCCGCCGCGCUCAGCGUGGCGCCGCGGGACGACGCCGCCGAGUACGACGACGACGCCACACACGACGACAACGACAUAAUCCUGUGGCGCAAGUCAAACAAGCUGGCUUUGCGUCUAGAAGUAACAGCGGACGAGUCCGUGACGCCGGGCGCGCCUGCGCAGUCCGCGUUUGCGCUGGAGUACUCCUACCGCAACACCGUGCCACCUUCCGCCACCGCCUCACAACACCGCGACCACACCUUAUAUACUACGCUCUUAUUGGAUCUGGGCACUAUUGGCGAAUAAAUAGAUUAAUAGACA